UUCACAUGGUCUCAUAUGAGGUUGUCGUAUUCACUCAGACACUGUGAUACUCUUUUAACUUGGAAAUUUGGUACAUAAGAUAUGGCAUCUGAGUUCUGCCUCAGUCUCACCAAAUACUUCUUGUUUGUCUUCAACCUGGUCUUUUUUUUUUUAGGCUCAGCCCUGUUGUCGCUGGGAUUAUGGAUCAUGUUUUCUGAGACAACUGUUCUCAUACCUGCCCCUCGCUUCAUAUCCCUGUCUCUCUUCUCCUAUCUGCUGAUCAUCAGUGGUGUUGUCACCAUAUCACUGGGCUUCUUUGGUAGCCUGGGUGCUCUGAAGGAGGUCAAGUGCAUGCUGGCAAUCUAUUUCAUCCUGCUCACUGUGCUGCUUGUGGCUCAGACAAUGGGUGGAGUGCUGCUCAUUACACAGAAGAGCUUAUUUGAGAAGUCCUUAGAAAGCCACGUUCAAACACUUAUUAAGGAUUUUGGGAAGAAUGACUCAGACCUGCGGGAUUUUGAACGGACUCUGGUGGUUUUACAACGUGAGGCCAAAUGCUGUGGAUGGUCAGGACCAGAUGACUGGAAACCGAAAAAACACUGCUCGUGUUAUUCUCCUAACAACUUCACAGCUAAUGUUACUGACCACAGUGAUCACUCAGAUACAUACACCUGUAACGUCACCACAUGGCAUUUACAUGAAAAGGGUUGCAAAGAGUAUGUUGAAGAAUGGUUGAGUGGACAUAUUCUGAUCAUUCUCAUGGUGGUUUUUGUCCUUGCUGUGGUAGAGAUAAGUGGUUCGAUCCUUUCGAUGUGUCUGUAUAGACAGACUUCUGUGGAUUACACCUUAACCCUCUACCGUUAAACCGCUACAGAGAGGAGAAGAACAUCAGCUAAAAGAAUUCUGUAAUACACACUGUUACUGUUCAUUUUAUAAUUCAAAAUCAUUAUGUGUUUCUUCAUAUUACUUAAGGCUUUUUUACAGCUCAUAGCUUAUGGUGACCUACUUUCUGAUGUAAAUAAAUAAUAAUUACAAUUAAUAGACUGUUGUGUGGUUAUAUGAAUGCUACUCUAUGGACUUUUUGUUCUGAUAUUCAUAUUGGAACCCAUCCAUUAGUCCUUUAGGCUUGAUGUAUUGAGGGCAUGAGAUUUCUGUUACACAUCAUCAUUCUCCUGGAUAUGCUGCCUCUCCUCCGGAUAGAAGACAAAAAAGGUGUAUAAUUUCACCAGCAUAAUGUUUCUCUAUUGUUAGAUAUGCACAAAAGGUGACCUCAAUUUUGUGGUGACACAUUGAUACUCCUUUAAAAAAAUAUUUAUCUUGUUUAAUGUAAGGUCUUAUCUUUUAAUGCUAGUAAUUCAGCUUAGACAGGGCAAAGAUAACUCAGUGAAUCGAGUGUUUGCAGCUGGUCAAUUUCUCCAUGGACCAAAGUGUCACUGUCCAUAAAAAAUAAAUACAAUUUUUCUAUUUUUUCAGAUUUUUAUUUUUCUACGUCAUUUGAACUGUCCUUUAUAGUGUAUGAUACAUUUAUGAUGAAGUGUCCAGUAAAAGCACUCCAAAACCUUUUUUUUUCUUUUUAGAUUGACUUGCACUAAAACUUUUAAAAACAUUUUUGCCUUCUCCUAUUAAGUCAAUAUUUUGGAGAGACUUGUUUGUCUUAUUUGUUUGAACAGCAACAAUAUAACCUAACAUACUGCAGUUAGCAACAGACCUUAAGAUAAAACAUACUCAUAUAAGCUGAGUGGAAGUCAUUGUCCAAACCAAUGAUUUUUAUGUUGCCUACUAUCUAAUGUUUUGGUUUAUGUCACAUGUGCCCUGUGGAAGUGAGGAUGGCCAUGUGAUAUGUGAUAGGGGAUAUGUGAUACUCGUGAGUAGACUCCAACUGUUGCACCACUCCAGCCAUCAAGUGUCAUAUAAAACCACGCAUGUUUAGGCUUAGCUUUCAAACACUCCCUAGCAAAACUGUCUGGACUGAGGAGUGUUUACCUUUCAUCACCUACCCAAUCAUUAAUACAACUGAAAGAUGGGACGUCGAGUGUUAAUCCUGACUGUGUUUGUUGCUCUUGUCUGUGUUGCCCAGGGCCUGAAGUGUAACUACUGCAAGAGUAUCAACAAGGCCCAUCCUACCUGUGAAGAAACUGAGGAAAGAGAAUGCACUAUGGGGCUGAAUUACUGCAUCAAGUUCACAUUGCAUGAGCCAGCAUAUGGCGAAGUGCGCAGAUGUGCCAGCAGAAGUGAAUGUGAGGCGGAAGAGCAUCCUCUGGUGGACAGACAAUGCUGUGCCGAAGACCUCUGCAACUGACCUCUCUAUACUGGCAGAGAAUGCAGAGAGUAAGCUUAAUUAGCUAAAUCACCUCCAUCAUUAUUUAUAAUUAGCACCGUUGCUGGUGAUCUUUAGCAAAUUAAUGACUGGCAAAACAUUUAGUGCUGACUACAUGUGUGAAUUAAUUAUGAAAUUAAAAUAAAUAAAGAAAAUGCAUGCCUGUAAAA